GCACGCUUCAUACAUUGCUUGUUGAUACUGUGAAGAGGUAGUGGAUUUUCUCGCAUACCGACAUUCUAACAGUUGUUGUACGUUUAUGUCAGCAACAAGCUACCUCAGUUUAUCAGCGUGUUGUCUACCAGCGAAGACGGCUUCGAGAGCCAGUGAAGAGUGUGUUUGUGCGUCCGUACGGGAAGUGGACUUCACGCGGAAUUUGAUCAGGAAUGCGAUUUGGAUUAUUAAGGUAUUAUUUUCCGAGUUUUACCGGGCGGUGCUAAACCACCAGGCCAAGGAAGGUGUUCAAAUGCCUGAGGGUGGGGAGAUUGAGGUUCUAACUCCGGGAGAGACUCGAGCGGUGGGAAUACUCGCCAGACGAAGGAUCGGGCUAUCGCUCGACUUCCCAGAUUUCACUUCGGACAACCUGCUGACCAAACGGUGCAAGAUGGAAUCUAUGAACAUGCAGAUUAACAACGGGCCCCUUAAUAACGGGAGCCCUACACUCCACCAUAGAUUUAUUCUGCCUUCGGAAUUAAGUUGUAGAAUGAACAAACUAAAACCGGUUUUAAUUCUCGACUGUCGACCAUUUUUCGCCUACAAUGCAAACCAUAUUCAGGGUGCUGUGAAUAUUAACUGUUCCGACCGGUUCAACCGUCGUCGGCUUCUCCAGGGAAAGUGUUCAUUAGUUGAUCUUGUGACGACAAAAGAAGGGAAAGACCUCUAUAAGAAAAAGAAUAACAAGGAAAUUAUCGUGUACGAUGACAGAACUAGAGACCUUAAAGAUCUGGCUACAGACUCUUCUAUGUACGUGGUGAUUUCUGUACUCAGGAGCGAGGGAAAGUUGGCGUGUGUAUUAAAAGGCGGGUUGGACGAUUUCCAGUCAGAGCACGGGGAUAUGUGCAAGAGCUCCCUCAAAUGUCACGAGCACAAGCCCUUGUACAGCCCCACCACGCCCAUCAUUGAGCCGGCAAUUGAGACCGCUACUGCCUCCCAAAUCCUACCAUUUCUCUACCUCGGAAACGAACGUGACGCGGCCAAUCUGCAGCGUCUUAAUGACCUCGGCGUGACUUACGUCCUCAACGUGACGUCACACUUACCCCAGCAUUUUGAAAACCACGGCAUUAGGUACAAACGCAUACCGGCGUCCGACAGCGGGCAGCAGAACCUCCGACAGUAUUUCGAAGAAGCCGGUUGCUUCAUUGACGAGGCUCGUGAAGCUGGGGCCAAGUUGCUCGUGCAUUGUCAGGCAGGCGUAUCGCGCUCGGCCACUAUCACCAUAUCAUUCCUGCUGCAACACUCGCGGAUGUCCAUGACAGACGCUUACAGAUACGUGAAAUCCAAGCGUCCGAUCAUCUCGCCGAAUUUUAACUUCAUGGGCCAGCUUUUGGACUUUGAGCAGGCGCUUAAUCAGGGACAUGUACCGCGCGUUUUGGCUUCGCCGGUGUCGCAAAUCAUAGAAGAGUGCACGUGAAUUGGAACUUUGCAGACUUGCGUGGACUUUAAAAUCUGCAGAACGGGUAUUCAUGUCGCUAAAAUGCAUAAUGGAGACGCUUCUAAAACUACGGACGUUCAUUUAGUCCGGAGUGUUUUAAUAAAAAGGUCAAAGGUAAAGGGGAACAUGUCGCGCUUCAAAUAGCGGACGCGCAAGGGACGAAGUGCUGUGAAUUCGGAUGCUCAAAUUUAUAAACAGGAAACAAAUGACCCUUUGUUGAGCUGUUAAGGUAUCAGGGAAACAAUGCGAUGGCGAGUGCUGAUUCAUGUCGUCUGAAUCUGGAAGCCUAGUUCCAUAAAGCAGACGACACUUAAUGCCGUGAUUGCAAACGAUAUUAUAACAGCAAAAAUCCAUAUCAGUACUAGAAUUCGACACAAAUAACCUCGUAAUUUAUGCAUGGGCCAUUUUAUUUGCUGACUAAGAGAAUAUAAUUUCCCUCGCGGAGCCAUAAUCGUUUUUUUAUGCACUGCUCUGCAGACAUGUUAGUGCUGUAAUUAAAAUGCAACGUAUAAUUAAAGUUCAUUUCGACAAAAAUUUAAAUUACUGUCUUAAAUGAAAUUGUCGUCUGCUUUAGAAAAUAUGGGCAUUCCAACGGAUGAUUCAUACAAAAGAAACAGACUUGCAUUUGACUUCGGGAUAAAAAUUACAAGUCUUUCACUAAUUUGUUUCCAUCCAUGUGCAAUUAUAUGUUUUCUGAGUUUUGAUUCGUUUUGUGAACAUUGAUGGAUGACGUGGGUGGGGUAACCGAUUUUUUUUCUUCGUAAAAAUCGCAAACAUUCGGCGAAUUCCAGCCUGUGAUCUAGAGGUUGCAUUAUUGUAUGAGUUGUUAAUGGAGAUAAACUAGACACGUCAAUUAUUAGUCCGAGUAAUUCACUCGAGAUACCCCACUCAUGACAAAAACAUGCGAUGACUGAUGCGGAAGACGCGAUUGGAAAUCAUAUUAAGUGCGGCGCAGUUUUGGACAAAUCUGCCCGCAUUUUCAUGUUGCCGAGUAAUCUAAACUGCGUCUGAUUUUUAGUCGUCAUGAGCGAAGAAUUUCGCGUUAGAAAUGGCAUUUUAAUGUGACCACGUGAUUUUCAUUGGUCAUCCGUAUAUAGUUAGAUAGAUAGACCUUACGUUGUAUUGAUGUUAGAAAUCCAUUCACUUGUUCAUAUAUUGUAAUAUAUAUCAAUAUUUCGUUGUUUGACAUGUCCUUAACACACAUUUAUGUUUUCUGAACGUAAACGUAUGACAACAUUUUAACUUGAGUUCUUUAAAAACAUUUACAAAUGCGAGUUUAUGAACUCUACGUUUUGUUCAUUGUAUAACUGAUUCCAAUCCAUUUUAUCUAAAUAACUUUGUUUAUAUUUUCAACAUGCGAGCGAGAACAGUAUGAUAUAUGCUAGAAUUUACAAAUAAUCAGCAUUACACGGUGCUAUUCAUCUUACUUCUCGCGUGUCUCAUUUUGAUAAUAUUUAACCCUUUCAGUGCGGGAACCGAAUUUUAAAGGCCUUUGCAAACAGUUUUGAUCCAGAUGAGACGCCACAGAACGUGGCGUCUCAUCAGGAUCCAAACUGUUUGCUAUUCUGAUAGUAUUCUUUGAAAAAAAUAGAAGAAAAUGCUAAUUUUAAAAAUUCUGCAGACGACAUUUUAGCAGACGACAAAUUUCCCAGCAUGCAAAGGGUUAAGACAUUACUUGCUCAAUGUGCGGUUACUACGACUAAAUUCUUCACCAAGUAUCUCAUAGAACCUCAUAGCGUUCAGAACAUACCGGGUAGAUUAUAUUGGUUGUGAAUUACUUCACUGGCUUUUAUAUGUCAAAAAUUCUUUGAAUGGGGCCAAUUUAAACAUAGACAAUAAUGAUAACAUCCAUUAUUCAUUUUAAAAGUACAGGUUUUUUGCGGUACAAACAAUGAUUUCAAAACUGACUAUUCGAGAAAAAGGGUCAAAGUUCUGAAAUCUAUUGAUUAAAUUUAAAACAGACUUAAACCAGCCAAUCGUACUGUUUUAACGUAUAACAAUUAUAAUUUAUUUUCUGAAAACUUAUUUUUAAAUGUUUUUGUGGUAGUUUUCCAAAGUUGGUAUUAUUUGAUGAUAGUCCUUGAUCGCUUAUGCUUAUUUCAUUCCUCUUAAAGUUCGGUCUUGACACCGAUAACACAAUACUAUUUGCCCUCUAAAAGCAAUUUUGUGUAUAGACUGAAUAGCAUUUCUUCUGGUUUCUAAAGAUUGUGCCGCGCUCUAUUUGUCCCAAGUAAAUACCAAAAAUCGUCUAUUGUGUUUCGGCUGAUGACUCAUCACAUUAGAAUGUCGUUACAUCUUGUCGCAAAGCGGUGUUUUAAAGCGGCCUGUCAAAAUGUCAAUCUCGCCCCCCCCCCCCUCCACUGUUAGUAAUAAGUUUUGGAUCAUUUACGUUUUAAUUUACGCCGAUUUUUUUCCGUAAAUGACGAAUGCGUACAUUACAAAGCGGGUUUAAUAACAGAACAAGUUUUGCGUUUUUUAUGUUUAUGCAUAAAGGUAAACAAAUUUGUCCUGUUCUAGUGCGUAAUAAAGACAUAAAGGACUGCUUAUUUAUUAAUUUAAUGCUAUUUU